AGAGCUUGAAUGAACGGUCCACUGAGCUGAGCUCCGCACUUCAUUCCGCAGGUUCGACAAGAAGAUACCUGACCGCGUCUGACUCGAUUUCUAUUCAGACCAGACUUCUUCACUGAAGAUGUUAAAUCAACGACAAGUUUUGUUGCGCGUCCAGGCUCAGGCCGGUGCAGGGGAAUCCCUCUGGGUCAGCGGGAGCAUUCCGGCUUUGGGGAACUGGCAUGUGGACAAUGCUCUAGCCAUGCAGAUGGACGAUCCCAUGAGCCAUCUCUGGUCGGUCAAGGUUCAAAUACCGCAGGAACAGACAGUCGAAUUUCGUUAUUUGAUUUGCCGCGUCCUCGACGGCGGGGAAAAAAUUGUGAGCCGCUGGGAGUCCAUCGUACACCCGAGGAGCAUCUCCACGAAUGAGCUCACCGUCGACCGAAAUGCGGCCAUCGACAUUUUCGGGAGCUACGAUGGCGUUGAACAAGUCCAGCAAGGUUGGCUAACGCACGAAACCUUAGUGCAGCUGAAAUUUUUCAACUCACCCGUAGCGAUAUGGAAGAAGAAGUUGCGGAAGGCGAAAAUCUCCUUCAAGGUAUCGCCCAUCGACCUGGUCAGAAAAAUGAGUGCUUUUCACGCGAAUGCGUCUCUGGCUUCCAUGGCCGACGACAGCGAACAACAGUCAAAUUUCAGCGACCAGCAGGAUGGUCGCUUCCCGAGUGUAGAAAUCGCCGUAAUGAGCGAAGGCCAAGACGAAUUUACACCUCAAGAACAGUUUGGGCAUGUGUACAAUGCCAAAGAAUUCGUCAUCGCCCAAACAGUAGCCCCCAACCCCGACUCAUUGGCAUUCAUGAUUGAUUUCUAUUGCUGGCCUUCAGACGAUGAGACCGAUGCGGCAGCGAUGCCCGAGCACAUUGGUUUCGCCUAUCUUAUCCCUUCUAACAGACAGGGCAGUGCCGGCGAAAUCUCAAUCCCUAUCACAGGAACCAGACAUCAUCCAAUCGGAGAAUUGACGAUCAACUUCUUGGUUGUGCGUCCACUCAAGGGCUAUUCGUGUACCGCCGAAUCUACAUUUGCCAAGUUCUGGAAACGUCAUAAGAGAAGUCUAGAUGUGGGUCAUCGAGGAGCUGGAAACGCACGGAGAACAGAUAUUAAGAAAGACACAGUCUCCGCCAAGGUGGAGAACGUGCUCGAGAACACAGUCGCCUCUUUCAAUUAUGCAGCGAGACACGGAGCGGACAUGGUCGAGUUGGACGUCCAACUCUCGAAAGAUAAAGUUCCGGUCAUAUACCACGACUUUCACAUAAAUAUUGCUAUGAAGAAACGAAGACGUACCGUAAACGAGGAGGAACCGCUCACAGUAGCCGUCAAAGACCUGACGUCCAGCCAACUAGAGAAUCUGAAACUACAACCCGCUGAAAGUCACCCUGAGUCCCGACUUGAAUUCACGGACGAAGACGUCGACGACAACCAGCCCUUCCCAACCUUGCGACAUGUUCUCACCGCAAUAGACACCCGUGUUGGCUGCAACGUCGAAAUCAAAGCUCCACUACAGUACAAAGACGGUAGUUGGGAGCUCGAUUAUCCGUUCGAUAUGAACGAGUACAUCGACAUUAUUCUCAGCGAAAUUCUGCUGCAUUCGGGCAAUCGUUUCAUAUUGUUAUCGUGCUUCCACCCCGACGUCUGCACGAUGAUUCGCCACAAGCAGAACAAAUAUCCUCUACUAUUCCUGACGCAAGGCGUGACGGAGAAGUACCCACCGUACCAAGAUCCUCGAACGGAAUCUGUCUUCAUGGCGUCGUACUUCGCAAAAUCAAUCAAUAUUCUCGGCAUAAAUGCUCAUACCGAGGAGCUCUUGAAGAACCUUGAGCUCAUCAGUCUCGUGAAAUCAAAAAAACUAAUCAUGUUCUGCUGGGGCGAAGACAUCAAUACCACUGCAGUCAUCGAUACCCUCAAGCGACUGGGCGUCGACGGUGUCAUUUACGACAAAGUGGAUUGCCUGAUCGAAGGGGAUCGUCAAGAGAUCUACCUGAUGCAACCUUUAAUGGCAUCAGAAAUGCUGGAAGCUGCUCGCUCAUGCCACUUCCAGUCAAGUGAAAACCUUCCGAGAGACGUAUCGCCACCUCAGUUAGCGGUCACGCCCCCGAGCGAAAACGGAGGUUUCAGUGGAUUCCAGAGACCCUUCCAAAUAAUUUCGUCGGGCGAUUCUUAAGAUCGCGAACGGCAUUAACGCUGGCCACAAUGACAAGCGGGGAACUGCCCGCUGAGAACACGAAGAUUUUAUGUCCACGGAUCAAAAUUGUGCUUGUAUUGACUCGGAUGAAAGUCCACUUACUUUCAACAGUCUACAGAAUUCGCUCCACUCACAAAUCAGACACUGGAUCGAUUCUCGAGGAGCUUGUGGACCGUCAGGAUUGUCGAGUGCUCAGCGCGUUCUUUAGGCCGAAGUAGCCCGGCUUGAGGCGAAAUAUGCGGGUCCUGACCUCGAUCCAUCGGGUGCAUUCGCUCUCUGGAUCCGAAUACGAGAGCAAUACUUUUCAAGUAGUACCCGGAACAUUGAAGUUUGGCUA